CACCGACCUACGCAACAGUGGCGCAGUUGGCGACGAAGCACCUUUGUGGACGUGGAGUACUGGUUGCAGCCGCUUGAAGGACUGUGUAGUGACGGUGUGACGUCAUGGCGUCGGAGGAGGUGUUCGAGGACUGUUGCAGCUCGGCCGACGAGCUGUACGAAGACUGUCCGAGCGGCGCGGACUUAGCGGCCGAGCGCUGCGCCAGCCGGCCCCCGGCUGCGCCUGUGGGCAGCCGCGUGUCCGCGCCUGUGGACAGCGGAGUGUCCGCACCUCUAGACAAACGAGUGACGUCCCCCGGCGGGGCCGCCGAAGAGGCGGCGGUGCUCGUCACCGCGGACGGUGCGAGCGUCGACGAGGUGCGCGACUCGUCGGCGUCGGAGGGAGAGCGCGACGCCGGCGACCGGUCGGCGCACGGCGACUGGCACGUUCUGAAGAACACCACGCCGCCUGGUGACGCCGCCUCGUCCGACGAAGGCGACGCCUCAGAGUCCGACUCGGCCAGCCGUCUGGCGGCCGGGGACUGGCACGUUCUGGCGCCCGGCGCGGGCGCCGCUUCGCCGCCGGCCGGUGACGCGCGGUCGCCACGGACCGCGGACAGCGCGGCGGACCUGAGCGUGUGCAGCGGCAGUGCACAAAAGCGGGCGGCGGACGGUGACGUCACGCGAGAGAGCGACGGCGACGACGAGGCCGAGCUUCUGCCGGAUCCGGACGCUGUAGACGAGGAGGCGCUACGAUUGCUGGACGAGUCGCAGCCGGCGGCCGAGCGCGAGGCGCGCCGCGCGCGAGCCGCCGACCUCAAGGCCGAGGGCAACCGGCUGUACGCGGCUGAGGGGUACGACGCGGCACGUGAGCGGUACACGGCAGCGCUGCGGCUGUGCCCGCUGGCGGCCUGCCGCGAGCGGGCCGUGCUCUUCUCCAACCGCGCCGCGUGCAGGGCGCGCGCCGCCGACGAGGCCGGCGCGAUCGCCGACUGCAGCCGCGCGCUGGAGUUGGACGCCGAGUACGCGCGGCCGCUGCAGCGCCGCGCCGAGCUGCGCGAGCGCUCCGAGAAGCUGGAUGAGGCGCUGGAGGACUGGAAGCGGCUGCUGACGCUGCAGCCUGGCCAUGCCGAGGCGCGUCGUGCCACCGCUCGCCUGCCGGCGCAAAUCGCAGAGCGCAACGAACGGCUCAAGGACGAGAUGCUCGGCAAGCUCAAGGAUCUGGGCAACAUGCUGCUUCGGCCGUUCAACCUCUCCACGAAUAACUUCCAAAUGGAGGAGAACGAGGCGGGCGGGUACUCGGUCAAGUUCAACCCCACGUGAGGGGGGGGGGGGGCACGGCCGGGCGGAGCGCGUGAUGACUUGAGCCCGCCCGGCGGCGGCGCUGUGUGGACGGGGACGAGUCCUGUUCCACCGCGAGCCGUGGCGGGCAGGGGUUGCCACGGAAAUCUGUAG